CAUAGUUAAACUGUUAAAAUAAUUUAUAAAUAUAAUAUAUUAUUAUAGAUGGAACAAGGUUACUCCAACUUUAUACAUAAUUUAGAAUUUUAACUUAAAUUAGAACCUACUAUACCUAGUAGGGAUGGGCAUGAAAUCCGAAUAUCUGAAUUAUCCGAAUAUCCGGAUAUCCAAAUCCGGAUUUGAAUCAAAUUCUUAUCCGGAUUUCCCGAAUUAUCCGGAUUAUCCGGAUUUAUGGAUUUGCUUUUUUAUGUGACUUCAGACUUACAAAUAUUUUUAAUGUAUGGUAAAAUAAAUUAUUUUAUUAUAAUGAAAAUUUAACAAAAUGUUAUAUUAUAUCAAAGUUCGUAUCAUAAAAAUCGUUCGAAAUGUAUACAUUCCAAAUAGAUAAGUAUAGUGUAUACCCAAUUAAUUAAUCUUUACUGCAUAACCUUCGGAUGGUUAUUGAAAAAGGUUUUUUGAAGAUAAGUUAAAUUUAUCUUACAACAAUAAUUGUUAUCGAUAUAAUUGUUUACUCGGACAUGUUCUUUUACAAUUAUCAAAUAAAAAUUAUCGAAAAAUAUCAAGUGGAGAGUGGAGACAUAUUUGUAGGAAUAGUAUUUCUGUUGCAUCAAACGUGUUAACAUUGAAUAAUUGUACUAUAAUGCCUCCAAGUAAAAUUUGGAAUUUUUUUACGCGUGGCGAAUCAAAUAAAACUGCUAUAUGUUCUGUAUGCAACGACGUUUUAAAAAAUAUGGGAUCUACAUCUAUUUUAUGGUCGCAUUAUAAUCGGUGGCAUAAGCCCACUGCAAACGAAAUUAAUGAAGAACAGCACGCUAAAGAACAUACAGGAGAAAUUGAUAGUAAUGAGAGCAAUAGCGAUAAUGAACAAAUAGCUUCAACAUCUUCAACUUUCAUUUCUUCUCAGUCAACUUCCUCAUCAUCAAUCAGCCCUGCUUUGAAACGUAAAAAGCACUACCAUAACGAUAACAUUUGUAAAAGAAAUUCAAGACCAUUAGAUAAAAAUCGAUGUGAAAUUAUUACGCAAAGUAUUUGCAAAAUGAUAAUUGUUGAUAUGUUACCAUUUAGUACAGUUGAAAAUAAAGGUUUUCGUUCAUUAAUUUCAACAAUUGAGCCACUUUAUACUAUUCCAUCGCGAAAAAGCAUUACUACACGUAUUGAAAAAAUGUAUAUAGAUAAAUCACAAAGUAUCAGAAAUAUCAUAGAAAACAUUAAUUAUAUUUCUUUAACAACUGAUGGUUGGACAUCAACAGCAAUUGAUUCAUAUUUAACAUUUACUGCUCAUUAUUUUGAUGAUAAUUGGAAAUUGUAUAGUGUAACUCUUUCAAUUGAAGAAAUACAAGAAAGUCAUACGGCUGAAAAUUUAAAAGACAGUAUUAUGAAUGUUAUUGAGUCUUGGAAUUUAAAUAAUAAAAUAACGGGAAUUAGUCAUGAUAAUGCUGCAAACAUUUCAAAUGCUGUAAAACUAUUUUACGAUCAAGAUAUUUAUUCAAAUCGUUGUGCUGCUCAUACACUACAAUUAGCUGUGAAAAAAUGUUUAGAUUUAAAUACAUGUCGUCCUUUAUUAAAAACCGCAUCAAAAAUUGUUGCUAGUUUUCGACAAUCUUCUAAAAGAACAUAUGCCUUAGAAAAUUAUUUAGCUGAGAAAGAGUGCAAAAAACUUAAUCUUGUACAAAGUUGCCCUACACGUUGGAAUUCUACUCUAGGUAUGUUAGAACGAUUGUUGGAACUUCGUUCAGCUGUAGUUGUCAUUAUGUCUGAUCGGACACUUUUUAAUAGUAAGAUCGCGAAAGAUCAAGAAUUACUAGAAGAAGACUGGGAAAAAAUAGAAAUACUUGUUACUUUAUUGAAACCAUUAAAAACAGCAACAACAGUUUUAUGUGCUGAUCAAAAUGUCACUAUAUCAAUGGUUUUACCAAUUGUUAAAAGUCUUAUUGUAAAACAUUAUAAACCCAAUAAUCUAGAUAGUAGGUUUUCAACUCUAUUCAAAGAGACCAUUAUUCACGAAUUAUCAACACGUUUUUCUGUACAAAUUGAUGUUGACAACGAUUGCGAAAGAGAAAUUAGUAUCACUCAAAUGGCUAGCAUACUUGAUCCUAGAUACAAAAAUAUGUCAUUUGAAUCUUCCGAAAAUAUUAAAAAUCGUAUUAAACAAAUAGUACGUUCAAAAAUGGUUUUGUUAAGCAGAAAUACUGAUGUACGUAUACCUACAGAAAAACGCACAGCACUUGAUGAAUUACUUGAAGAAGAACCAAAUAAUGAUACUGACGAGUUUUCAAGGUAUAUGGCGGAAUUUCAAAUAAAUCAUAAUGCAGAUCCAUGUGCAUGGUGGAAAGAUCAUGAAAACAUUUAUCCAACGUUAGCCGUAUUAGCUAAACAAAUAUUAUGUAUACCAGCAUCUUCUGCUUCAUCAGAGAGAGUUUUUUCAACAGCCGGUAAUAUAUUAUCCCCAAAACGUAAUAGAAUUACACCAUGCCAUUUGUCAGCCUUAGUUUUUUUAAAACAAAAUAAUAAUUUUUAAUUAAAAAAAAUAAUUUAAGUAAUAUGCAUGAAUAUGUUUACUGUUUUGU